UCGACAGUCGGUUAUUGUGUUUUUAAACGUGAAGUGAACAGUGUGCAGCAGCAAGAAAUAAAAUUGACGAUGGCUCGUACCAAGCAAACCGCUCGCAAGUCUACUGGUGGCAAAGCGCCACGCAAACAACUGGCUACCAAGGCUGCUCGCAAGAGCGCCCCAGCUACCGGAGGCGUGAAGAAGCCUCAUCGCUAUCGCCCCGGAACCGUGGCCCUGCGUGAGAUCCGUCGCUACCAGAAGAGUACCGAGCUGCUGAUCCGCAAACUGCCUUUCCAGCGCCUCGUUCGUGAAAUUGCUCAGGAUUUCAAGACUGACUUGCGAUUCCAGAGCUCGGCUGUGAUGGCUCUGCAAGAAGCUAGCGAAGCCUAUCUGGUGGGCCUCUUUGAAGAUACCAACUUGUGUGCCAUUCAUGCCAAGCGUGUCACCAUCAUGCCGAAGGACAUCCAGUUGGCCCGGCGAAUUCGUGGAGAGCGCGCUGCCAAGAAGGCUGCUGCACCGCCAUCGCAUCCGCCAACUCAACAAAUGGUGGACGCUUCCAUCAAGAAUUUAAAAGAACGUGGCGGCUCAUCACUUCUGGCCAUUAAGAAAUAUAUCACUGCCACCUACAAAUGUGAUGCACAGAAGCUGGCUCCAUUCAUCAAGAAGUACUUGAAAUCAGCCGUGGUCAAUGGAAAGCUGAUUCAAACAAAGGGAAAGGGAGCAUCCGGGUCAUUCAAACUGUCAGCCUCGGCCAAAAAGGAUCCCAAGCCGAAGGUUGCGUCUGCUGAAAAGAAAGUGAAAAGCAAAAAGAUAGCUACAAAGAAAACUGGAGCCACCGCCAAGAAAGCUACCGCCGGAGGUGCUGAGAAGAAGCCCAAACCUAAGAAGUCGGUGGCCACCAAAAAGACUGCCGAAAAGAAGAAAACCGAAAAGGCAAAGGCCAAGGAUGCCAAGAAAACUGGAGCUGUUAAGGCAAAGCCAGCGACAACAGCAACAAAGGCCAAAUCGACCGCAGCGAAGCCGAAGGCGUUCCCAGUGGGCCGUAUUCACCGUCUGCUCCGAAAGGGCAACUAUGCCGAGCGUGUUGGUGCCGGAGCUCCAGUUUACCUGGCUGCCGUGAUGGAAUAUCUCGCCGCUGAGGUUCUCGAGUUGGCUGGCAAUGCUGCCCGUGACAACAAGAAGACUAGGAUUAUUCCGCGUCAUCUGCAGCUUGCCAUUCGCAACGACGAGGAGUUGAACAAGCUGCUCUCUGGCGUUACCAUUGCCCAGGGUGGUGUAGCCGAAUCGACAGUCGGUUAUUGUGUUUUUAAACGUGAAGUGAACAGUGUGCAGCAGCAAGAAAUAAAAUUGACGAUGGCUCGUACCAAGCAAACCGCUCGCAAGUCUACUGGUGGCAAAGCGCCACGCAAACAACUGGCUACCAAGGCUGCUCGCAAGAGCGCCCCAGCUACCGGAGGCGUGAAGAAGCCUCAUCGCUAUCGCCCCGGAACCGUGGCCCUGCGUGAGAUCCGUCGCUACCAGAAGAGUACCGAGCUGCUGAUCCGCAAACUGCCUUUCCAGCGCCUCGUUCGUGAAAUUGCUCAGGAUUUCAAGACUGACUUGCGAUUCCAGAGCUCGGCUGUGAUGGCUCUGCAAGAAGCUAGCGAAGCCUAUCUGGUGGGCCUCUUUGAAGAUACCAACUUGUGUGCCAUUCAUGCCAAGCGUGUCACCAUCAUGCCGAAGGACAUCCAGUUGGCCCGGCGAAUUCGUGGAGAGCGCGCUUAAGCUAUGACUGCUUAAACUUACGGCCAAUGCGCCAUCUUUUGUAAAAAUCGGUCCUUUUCA